AUGAGCGCUCUUCCGUUCGCGAACGACCCGUCGGACCCCUACAAGCUGCUCCGGGGACUCACACCGGAACAGCUCGACCUGGUUGGCUUCACCCUCUUUGGUCGCAACCCCGCUGGUCGGCUGUUGCCCUAUAUCCUCGGGCUGUUCGUAAACUGCAUGCUUCUCGGGGUACUCUUUGUACAGUGCAGCAGGUGGUAUGCACACGGAUACAAGGGAGAGCCCUGGCGUAUACGGAUCCUGGUACUUUACACCUUGCUCGUGAACAUUGGCAUCACCGUCUUCCUGACAUGGUGGAACUUGAACAACUUUGCCAGCAAUUUCGGUCGUUAUCGCCAAUUCCUGAACCUAGACGAUGCUUCUCUCUUCUAUCUGAUGGAUGCGAUCGUCCGCUUUCCGGUCUCCGCAUUCUUCGCGGACCGGGCAUACCGUGCAGCCAGGCAGAACAAGAUCCUUGGUGCAGUCUUCUGUGUCUUGCUUCUCGCGUCCCUCGCGAUCGGUGUCACGCUCAAAGCGCUUGCCUCGCAAUACUACGGCAGACCUCUGUUCACUCGACUCGUUCUCGCAUGGCUCAGUUGCCACGUCAUCUGCGACGUACUGACCACCGCCGUCAUAUCCGUCUUUUUGUACCGCUCGAAGACUGGUUGGUCGCAGACCGAUGCGGUCAUCACUCGAUUGAUGAUCAUGACCGGUGAAACGCAAGCUCCCAAUACUGUGGUAUCCAUCAUCUACAUCAUUGUCUACACCAGCAAUACUCUAUCGACCUGGCCGUUCUUCUUUGUAUUUACCGGUCCCUUAUUCGCCGUUUGCCUCGUAGCGGUCCUGAAUACCAAAGUCGCACUGCGGCGGGAACUCGAGUCUGAUCCGAAUGUCCAGUCUCUCAUCCUGGUGCCAGCUGAACCUUUCAAGCUCGACAAAGCGACGGGGCGCCAGCACACGAGCAGCGAAACCGGCCUCGCCGUCAGUGUCGAGAGCCCUAUCGAGAGCGAGUUCACCAAGCCGCAGCGAAAGAGCAGCAUCGAGGCAGACGACGCGAACCGCAUGCCCGUCAUCCGUUACAUGUGA